UUGUACACAUGGGGUGGCAAAGGAGGGGCAGAAUCACACUCAGGGGUGGCAAUACUUAAUUCCACUAAACACACAAGCGUGGAUCCUCCAGCACAAGGUCACAUUUGUAGAACAUCUGCUUUCACCGCGUGAUGAUGUCACGAUGAUGUCACAGCACUGCUUUCAGAGUUCCUCGUUUUCCCUGGUGAAGGAGGAAUGUGGUGCAUUUGAGGCCCCUGUUAUUUAUUUCAUUGGACAUUUUCACCACCUCGACCUCACCUGGAACGCAGAUUUAUAAACGUUGUAAACAUGGCAUCCGGCGGAUUCAAAUCCAACGCAGCCACGGAUUUUCUGGAAGAAUGGAAGGCCAAACGGGAGAAAAUGCGUGCCAAGAUGCUGGGGGAUAUCGCAGCAAUCACGAGUGCCAACGCGAUUACGACGAGCGCCAGCAGUGUUAAGGCACCGGAAACCCGGACGGUACCAGACCUCAACAACUCCAAUGGAAAUCCGGAGCGAAGCAGCUCCAUGCCUCAUACGGUGGCUCGAUCAGCUUCGUCUUCCACCCUGAUCAGGAGAGCGGACGAGGAACCACACGUGCACGUGGUACCAGCUCAGGCAUCGACAGCGACAGCGCGAGGAUCCGACACCAAGAAAUCCACAGAGAAAUUGCCAGAGCCUGGAAGUGCUUCACCGUGCCCAGACAGUGACCUGGAGAGUCCCAAAGGGAAGGAGAAGAAGAGUUCAGGUCCCAGUGCUCGCAAAGGGAAAGGUCAGAUUGAGAAGCGGAAGCUGCGUGAGAAACGCCGGUCCACAGGAGUAGUCAGCAUCCCGUCCAAUGAGAGUUUGGAUGAACUGGAUGAUGAUGAUGGAGAUAAGGAGAGGAAGAAUGAUGAAGAGCUCACACAGCACAACACUGUGCAGAACGAGUCCAUGACCUCUGACUUCGGAGCCGGAUAUUCACAGGACACAACGAGGUCAGGCAGUGGCCGCCACAAAAGUGAGGAUGAUUUAGGAGGAAACCGACAUCGUCAGACUCAUGCACGUCACGGCAACACAGGACUGGAGAGGAGGAUUGAGGAGCUGGAGAAGGAGCUGGCUCUGGAGAAGCAGGAGCUGGCUCGGCUGUUGAAGUCUCAUCAGGAUAAAGACGAGCUGAUUGUUAAACUAAAGGAGGAAAUUGAUCUGUUAAACCGGGACCUGGACGAUAUCGAGGAUGAGAACGAGCAGCUCAAGCAGGAGAACAAAACUCUGCUGAAGGUCGUCGGUCAGCUGACCAGGUAGAAGUGUGAGGAUGGAAGGAAACGCCAUGAGGAAAAAAAAAACAGGAAAGUUCUAGAAAAGUCAUAUUUAAUGUAAAUGUGUGUGUACAUACGGAACAUUCUGGAGGACGAAUGAAAUGAAAUGAAAUGUACGCUGCUGUCUGUUGGCAGUUUGUUCAUUUUGUUUUCUUUUCAAAAAGUGUUUAUUUUGGCCCAAACGCUGGCUCAGGAUAAUUAGCAUAUUUUUCCAAAAACAUUAUCCAUAUGCUAGCUGCUAAUUAGCCUUUAUCUAACUGAUGAGUCGGGUAUACUCGCACAAAGAACAGAAUUUUCUCUCGCAGUUUUCUAUCAGACACGAGCGUUUUGUGUUUUUUUUUUUUUUUUAUAAAUCCUAAACCAUAUCCUGGACUAGCUGCUAACCGGUUACCUAGCAACCACAUAGGCUACAUGCCACAGAUUAAACAUUUAUCUUUUGAAGACUAGCAUCGCUAACUCUUGUGUUAGCUGCUAAUCGGUCUGUGGCGUGGUUAGUGAAGAGGCUGUUCUCUGUUCUACGGCAAAUUUAGCAGUUUUGUAUUAAAUAUUAGCUUCUCAAAGCCUUUUAGCUGAGUGUUGGUUUAUGUCGUUUUGUACACCUUCAUAUGCUAGCUGAUAAUUAGCAUUGACCUAGCAAAUGAAUACAUAUAUUUUUUUUUCCUCAGUCGUCUUUCAGACACUCGUAUUUUGGAAUGCUAGCUCAUAGCAAAAAAAAAGCUUUGCGAGUUUUUAAAAUUUGCUAGCAGCCUUCCUUCAAACACUCACGUAUUGUAGUGUAACAAAUACGGUAGACGACCUUGCAUUAGCACAAAGUACCCUUGUUUUGUUUUGUUUGUUUUCCCUCUAGCCGUCCUUUAAAAGUGUCGCGUCCUAAUUGUGGCGCGUCUAGCUGUGGAGAAUCUGUUUAGCUAAUCAGGUAAAAUCUAGCAAAUUGGCUAAUUAGCGGCUGACGUAUGAGUUGAAGUAAUCAUUAUUUUGUCUUUUUCUAUUUUUUCCUGUCGAACAUUAGCAUUUUGGGUUCUUUAGCUGUAGCAUGUUACAUAUAUAUAUAUAUCCACAUAUCCGUACGCUUGCUGCUGAAUAGCCAGUUAGCUAGCUAGCGAGCUGAUAUUGUCCUGAACGUAAUAACAUUCCGUUUUAUUUUAAAAAAAAAAAAGGUAGCAUUUUGCAGACUUUUACUCGCUAGCUGCUAAUGAACUGACAGUGUUGUGAUGUGUCCCUCUGCUCGUUAGCCAGUUAGCUAUUAAAUGUGCUACAGUAGUUCAGGAUGACGUUUUUCAUCGCGACUGUGAGAUGAAACACUAGCGUAAAAUUACGACGUUCUCUUUUCUAACAACUCUUUCGCUGAAUGUUAGCCGUCGCAGGAACUCCGUUCAGAACAUUGAUUAGUUUUUAGGCAUAAUCCUGUACGCUAGCUAUGAGUUAAGAAUUGAUUUGGCUAUUAACUAGGCAACUAAGCAUGUUGUUUUAUUUCUUUUCUUAUCAAACGUUAGCACUUUUGUUCGCUGCUUGCUAGCCAGUUAGCUAGCAAUUCUGAAUAUUGCAACAUUCAAAUUAACAUAAUAUAAAGUUCUUGUUUUUUUUUCCGAACAAAUGCUAGCAUUUUUUGAGUCAUUAGCUAUUUGAUUUGUUUUUAGCGCUAGUCACAUGCACUAGCUGUCAUGUGCUAGUUAUCCUGUUCGGUAGUUAGUGAAUUAGGUUCUCUCUUUUCUCGCAAUGUUUUGAUAAAAUGUUAAUAUUUUAGAAUAUAUUAAUAAUUUAUACUGAGCAGUAAUCUCGUGUUCUAGCUGCUAAUUAGCCAGUUGUUUUUGUAGCGACUCCUUUAUCAGACGCUAGCGUUCUGGAUUCUUUCCCUGUAGAGUGCCGUUACAUACGCUCGCUGAUGACUAGCCACUUUGUUAGCGAGUGAAUAGUGUACUGAAUGUUCUGAUGUUCAUUUCCCUUCUAUGCUACGCAAACACUAGCAUUUUGGAGUUGUUAGCUGAGUGUUGAUUUAUUUUUAGCGCUCAUCACAUCCGUUAGCGGCUAGUUAUCCUGUGUGCAAGUUGCUGAAUUUGCUAUGAUGAAAAUAAAUAAAAUGAUGACAAUUUUAUCAAUUUUACACUGAUCUUGUGGUGCUAAAUUUUUAUUAGCUGUUUUUUAAUGCUAAUUUUUCUGCUGAGUCAUGCUAGUCAAACACUAGCAUGUUGAUUUUGAGAGCUAAAAAGCUCGCUGGCAAGUUACUUAGUAACAGAUUAGCAACUUGAAAUUGAAAGUAGAGGGUUUUUUUGAGUGCUAACAACAAAAUUAACAAAUUUUUCGAUCUAAAGCUAGCGUUUGGGACCAAAAUUAAAAGGAAACAAAAUUUUUUUUCGCUAAAAUGCCUAGACUUGCACCAUGUUAUUUCUGUUUUUCAUUAUUUUAGAAUAUCGGUUCUCAUUCUUUGUAAUAAAAUGGUUGAAAAUUGUAACUCAUCGCUAUACGAAAUCAUGUGUAACUGAUUUUUUUUUUCCACGAACACAAAUUAUCCGUCAUAUAGAUUUUUUUUUUUUGUCAGUUGUCUUUUUCAGAUGUUUACAACUUUUUGUUUGUUUUUGUGCAGUAUACGGUUAGCUGUAGCUAGUCCUGAUAUCUCCGAUAGAUUUAUCAUCUAAAUCAAAUUGUGGUGAUAAAUAUAUUAUAGAACGAUAAUAAACAGCUGUUAUUUUAUGUCUUUGCGCUUUGUCAUGGUCUGGUUUCACGUUCGCUGAGCAGAGCUAGCAGUGUGGGGUUUCAGGACGGAAUUAUUCCUUCAUUCUCUCUUUUCUUCCGUUCUGUGGCAUGAUGCAUGUACAGAAGAUAGUCCUUUAAUAAACACUGAUAAGCUCA